AUGAUCCGAAACAUGACCAAAAAACCGCUGGAGUUCACGCUGCGGGCCAAGUGCUCGCGAUCUAAAGCCCGGGCUGCCGACAUGGACCUGCCCCACGGCCGGGUCAAGACGCCCAUGUUCAUGCCCGUGGCUACCCAGGCGUCUCUCAAGGGUCUGACUCCAGAACAGCUGGAGAAGUCCUUGGGGUGCAACAUUUGUCUGAACAACACCUACCACCUCGGUCUGAAGCCAGGCCAGGACACCCUCGACCGAGUGGGAGGCGCGCACAAGUUCCAGAACUGGAACAAAAACAUUUUGACCGACUCUGGAGGGUUUCAAAUGGUGUCUCUGCUCAAGCUGGCCCGGAUCACUGAGGAAGGAGUGGAAUUCCAGAGCCCCCAUGACGGCUCUCCCAUGCUUCUGACGCCAGAACAUUCCAUGUCGCUGCAGAACUCGAUCGGCUCCGACAUCAUGAUGCAGCUUGACGACGUUGUGGCCACCCUCACUGAGGGCCCUCGUAUGGAGGAGGCCAUGCAUCGAUCUAUCCGGUGGCUGGAUCGAUGCAUCAAGGCCCACAAGAACCCGGACACUCAGAACCUGUUUGCCAUCAUCCAGGGCGGCUUGGACGCGGACAUGCGAAAGUUUUGCUGCCACGAAAUGAUUAAAAGAGACACCCCAGGCUACGCCAUUGGAGGGCUGUCUGGAGGAGAGAACAAGGAGGCCUACUGCGAGGUGGUGACCACCUGCACAGACAUUCUGCCCGAAAACAAACCCCGAUACUGCAUGGGAGUGGGCUACGCGGAGGACUUGGUGGUCUCUGUGGCUCUGGGAGCAGAUCUGUUUGACUGUGUGUACCCGUCACGAACUGCUCGGUUUGGAAAUGCCAUUACUCGAUACGGAAACCUCAACCUCCGAAACAAACAGUAUGCCGACGAUUUCCGGCCUAUUGAGGAGGGCUGCAAGUGUCCCACCUGUCGUCCCAAGUCCGAGGGAGGCAUGGGUAUCACCAGAGCCGUUGUCAACUCUCUGGCUUCAAAGGAGACCACCGGAGCCCACUUUCUGACCCUGCAUAACAUCCACUACCAGCUCAAUCUCAUGGAUGAGGCCCGGGAGGCCAUCUUGGAGGACGAGUUCCCGGAGUUUGUCAAAAAGUUCUUCAAGGAUCUGCAUGGAGAUAAGGACAAGUACCCUCAAUGGGCGGUGGAUGCGUUGAGGGGAGUAGAUAUUGAUUUGUUGGACUAA